GAGAAGCAGAUGAGCAGAUUACUCCAGAAACAGACACUGCUUCAGGUUCUUCAUUAAUCCGCACCCUCGUGAAGGUAAACCAAGAAGGUUAUCCUCACUCAACUUGCAUCAGUAUUUAAUUCUUUCCCAUAUUUCUGUCCUUUUCUUUUUUAAUGAGAUUUGGGGCCCUUCCAUGAUUGUUACCAGAUUUACCAAUGCACAAAAGUCAGAAUGUAUUUGGAAACCAGAAGGGCUAUUUUUGUUAUUUGGAUUUUUCUCCAAGUUCAAGGAAACAAAGAUCUCUCCAUUAAAAUGUACCAUUCUGAAACUAAAGACAUAGACAAUGCCCCAAGAAUCGAAACAGCUGAAAGUCCUGCAAAAAUGUAUAAAGUGUCAACCAUGAGACAAGUAUUCGAUUUGGCAAAGCAUCGAACAAAAAGAUCAGCAUUUUUUCCAGCUGGGGUUAAAGUCUGUCCACAGGAAUCCAGGAAACAGGUUCUAGCCAGCCUUCAAGCUUAUUACAGAUUGAGAGUGUGCCAGGAAGCAGUGUGGGAAGCCUAUUGGAUCUUUCUGGAUCGUAUCCCCGACACAGGGGAAUACCAGGGCUGGGUCAGCACCUGCCAGCAGGAGAUUUUCUGCCUCUUUGACAUUGGGAAAAAUUUCAGCAACUCCCAGGAGCACCUGGAUCUUCUUCAGCAGAGAAUAAAACAGAGUAACUUCCCUGAGAGAAAAGAUGAAAUAUCCACAGAAGAGAUAUUAGGAGAGCCUGGUAAAACUCCCGUGUUUUCAACAGAUGUUGCCGAUGUCUCACUCAGGCCCUUCCCUCUCACUCCUGAGGACACACUCCUCAAUGACACCAAGAUGCCUACAACAGAAAGAGAAAUGGAAUUCUCUGAGGUAUCCGAGGGCCCACCGGAGCAGAAGGUGGUGCUGAGCAUCUCCCUGGCAAACCAGAAGCUCAAGGCAGAGCUCACUGAUGCCCAGUCCCCAUAUUACCAGGAGUUGGCAGCAAAGUCUCAACUCCAGAUGCAAAAGGUAUUUAAGAAACUUCCAGGAUUCAAAGAAAUUCAUGUGUUAGGAUUUAGACCAAAGAAAGAAAGAGAUGGUUCAAGCUCCAUAGAGGUGCGACUUACGGCCAUCUUUAAGAGAGACAGUGCAGAAGCAACAAGUCCUGCAAGUGACCUGCUGUCUUUUGAUUCCAACAAAAUUGAAAGUGAAGGAAUCCUUUAUGGGAUGACAGAGGAGGACAAUCAACAAGAAACCUAUCUCACAGCUUUAGACCUCAAAAAGCUGAUCAGCAGAGCACUACAGGAAGAAAAAUCCUUGCACGUGGGGACAAUUCAGUUCACUGACGAAAUUGUUGGGUCAUUGCCUGGCUCUGCUCCCAACAGCCAGUCAGUGCUGCCUACACUCCUUGCUGGUUUCACAAAGGAUGCUACUUUGAGUCCAGAACUUCCUCUUGGUCAACCCAGGCUCAAAACAGUGGACAGAGAAGGACACAGUCUACCUGGAGCUUUCUCCAUGGACAGUUCUUUGUCCUCACCUGCUACGGCCUCUACCUCCCUAUCAGAAACUCUACCUUUCUUGGCUGCAUCAAGCAUCUUCUCUCUGACUGAUCGAAGUGCCACAGACAUAAUGUCCAUUGACCAGACACUAACCAUCCCCACUGAUGAUUACUCUGCCAUCGGCCAAUCAGCUCUGGAGAUUUCACGUUUGCCUGCAUCUUCAGAAGAUAGCACGUUGAGCACAGGCAGCCAAGAUAUAGCCCAAGGCUUAGAAGAAAUGGAUCUAUCUAAUUCUCCCACCUCCUCUGAGGUACCAGGAUUCAGUGGCUAUGUUUCCACCCCAGACAAUUUCCUGGAGAAUACCACUCCCGGCCCAGCUUUACAGACUAUCACCGCCAGCUCUGUGACCAUCGCCACCGGAGGCCAGGAGCUGGUGGUGUUCUUCAGUCUGCAUGUGGCUAACGUGGCCUUCUCUGCCGCCCUGUUCCACAAGGGCUCUCUGGAGUACCAAGCUCUGGAGCAACGAUUCACACAGCUGCUGGUUCCGUAUCUACAAUCCAAUCUUACAGGAUUUAAGCAACUUGAAAUACUUAACUUCAGAAAUGGGAGUGUGGUUGUGAAUAGCAAAAUGAGGUUUGCUAAGUCGGUGCCCUACAACCUCACCAAGGCGGUGCAGCGGGUCUUGGAGGAUUUCCGUUCUGCUGCAGCCCAACUACUUGAUCUGGAAAUAGACAGCUACUCUCUCGACAUUGAACCAGCUGCCCAAGCAGAUCCCUGCAAACCCCUGGCCUGUGGCGAAUUUGCCCAGUGUGUACAGAACGAGUGGACCGAGGAAGCAGAGUGUCGCUGCCGACCUGGGUACGAGAGCCAGGGGGCCCCGGACCACCAGGGGGGCCUGGGCCGCUGUGCCCCCCAAGAGGAAUGGGAGGUCAUCCAGGGAAAGGGCGCUCCGUGCAGUUCUGACCUCAGCACCUGCCGCUCCUCGGGUAGUCUCAAAGCCUCCCAAUCACCCAAGACAAACUGGAGCAAAAAGAUUGCCUUCGCUGGUGAUACCCUAAAUGGCAAGCAUAUUCUCAUCCAUCAGCAGAGGCCAUUUUUAAAUGAGUCAUUGAUUUGCUCUUCGAUGGCAUUUCUUAAGCUCUUAAAAUUAUUUUCCUUCCAGGUAACCAGGAAAAGAAACCCUGAAUCACUGACGGUAGGAUAUGAAGAAUUUAACCAUCAAGAUUGGGAAGGAAAUUAAAAACUGAAAAUGUACAUGUUAUCAUUUAAUCUAUCUCAAGAGACAUGGCUUGCUUUCUCAAGGAAAAUUGAAUGCACUAUGUCAAAAUUCUGAAAACGUAGGCAGGCAUAUUCACUGGUUGUGAGACGCCAGGCCUACAGACAACACUGAGAUCCAGCACGCACCACAUUUCAAAUAGAGAAGGCUGCGCACUGAUGACUGGUACCUUCUGAAGG